AUGACUGCCAAUACAACCAUAAAAAUAUGCCGUGAAAUAUUUAGUCGUUUUGGCAUACCACGUGUACUGGUGAGUGAUAAUGGCAGGAAUUUUGUAUCUUACGCUUUUGAAAGUUUUCUUAAACAAAACGGAAUUAAACAUAGUUUAAGUGCGCCAUACCAUCCUGCGACAAAUGGGUUGGCAGAACGAUAUGUUCAAACAUUAAAGCAAUCAUUACGCGCAAUUAACGGUAAUAGUUCUGAUGUUGAAAAAGAAUUAUGUAGAUUACUUUUACAAUAUCGCAAAAUGUCUCAUAGUAUUACCAAACAAUCACCUUCAAUGUUAAUGUUCGGACGUGAAAUUACAUCCCGAUUGGAUUUAAUUAAACCCGAUUUAAAUAAAAAUGCUACUGCAAUUCGUAAUAAUAUACCAGUUCGAGAUUUCCAAAUUAAUGACAGAGUUGCUGUAAGAAACUAUGCAAACGAUAUCAAAUGGAAAUUUGGAAAUGUUGAUAAAAAGUUAGGGAAAUUACACUAUCAUGUUAAGCUUGAUAAUGGUAAUGUUUGGAAGAGACACGUUGAUCAGUUACGCAGAGUUGGGGUCCUUGGGGAUGCUACUCCGCGAGACUCUCCUCAAAAUGAUGAUAUUCCUUAUGACCCCUCUAACAAUCAUUCUGAUGUUACAACCUUACCCGAAACUUUACCUGAUCCAGAAAUAAAUACACCUACGUUGGACAUAACGGCCAGUGUACCUACAAAUGAAGAGAAUACUUUACCGCAGCUACGCCGUUCUAACCGCGUACGUCGUCCUCCGGAUCGUUUAAAUUUAUAA